CAGACAUUGGAGCAAGUGUGAAGGUGGAGAAGUUUCUGGAAUCUCACAUCUGUCCACUUCUCCAAGGAGAUAUCCGUUGCAUUGGCACCCAGUUUUCUCACCACCACCCCAUAGCCUGGAGCCCAAAGUACCCAAGACCCCCUACUGCACCCCAUUUUCUCCCGUUUCUCCCAUUCUCGGCUCUUCCUGCCUGUCCCUAGCAUCACGCGGUCUCCAGAUCCUGAGACCAUCGAUCAAGUCUUCCUCUUUCUAUCCAAUCAGCUACAGGCAGGCUUCUUGGCCAUGUGUCCCCCAGUCAACGUUCGCCAUGGGACCAGGGGCAUGUCCAGCCUCUUUGUGUCCUGGCUAUACCAGCUUGUCCAUGGAGACCAAAUGAAGAUCUGCUUUGCUUGCUUCAAGGAAGCUUUCCUGGUAUUUAGAAGAAUAUUGGAGACGGGAGAUUGGGACGAGGAAGAGUUGGGUAAUGCGUCUGUAGAACUCUCAGAGGAAGGAUCUGAUCCGGAUGCAUGGCUGGGGUUGGAGCUCACUGGGUUCCAGAGCCACGGGUAUUUGCCACAGACCAUCACUGAGCAUGUGGGGCCUGGGUUCCCGGUAUCAGCCCCUGUAUGGCCGGCACCCCAGCCUGUGCCUACUGAACUGCGGCCUGAGGAAGCUGUACCCCUGGAUCUGGGCCCCGAGAUUGAUGACUGGACCCAGGCGCUUCCCUUGAGAUUAGGCGUCUUUUGUUGCUGCCUCCACCGGCUGCGCAUCAUCCCUCCUCUGUCCUGGUGUGAUACUAUCUAUUUCAACCCAUAUCCUGGGCAACCUGUAUUGUUGGAGUUGAGCCCCAUCUGGCCCAUGCAGUUGCUAGUAGAAAGCUUGUUGGUACACCUGAAGUUUGUCACUGUGUUGGGUGACUUCGAUGACAUCUGCUACUUGCUGUCAAUGCGUCCUUGCUGGGCUGUGAGGACCCAGGUCCAUCGCUGGCAGAUGUUGCUGGACCCUGGUGAGCUGAGGAAGGCCUAUCUACAGAAUGAACCUGAACAGCCGGAUCUGUACCGCUGGAGGCUGAGCGUUUUGGAGUCCUCAGAGCUGGGGGUGGAGCUGGUGCCUGCUGACUGCAGCCUGCGGAAGGGGGGCUUCAAGGUGCACUCUUACCUGCCCUGGGACAGUGACAUCCCAGACGACUGGAGCACAGAUCCAGGGGAGAGGCUGUUUAUCAAAUAUAUUGAGCCUCAAAGGGAUCUGAGCUACAGCUUGCACCGUCACUUCACUGAUAACUUCCUCUCCUGAUCCUUCCUGACUCCCAAAUAACUCAGGCACUGAUACUUAGGCAGCCCCCAUUGCCCCAGGUCCCCAGGGAAUAUGAAGAGACAGAGGUUGCCUGUUCUGAGACUCAGGGAAUGGUUGGUCCAGAAUUUUAGGGGAGCAUCUGGAACAGUCUAGGGGCUUCAGGACCUCAGAGGGAAGUCUGGCAUGUUUACAGCAGGAGUUUAGCUGGGCUCAGCUGACUGUUCAGUGUUUGGAAGGUGAGGACUAGCUAUAUGUGUAGGUGGGGUGUUUUGUAUCGGGUGUCCUGGGUGACUAGUCAGAGCUCUUGUCUACUAUGUGCAUGGCCUGUGAGGUGACCUGGCGUGUGCUGUGGUUAGAUCCUGCCUUAGGAGGUCAUGAGACCGGGUUCCAGGGCUAACUGUAUGGAGUAUUUAUGCUGUUUGCUUUUAUUCAUGCCUCU